GGAAUGGCCUCGCCAUAGAGUCUCUGCUCUCAGAUUCUCUAGGAAACUAAUACCCAUCAUGAGACAUCAAGUCCAGUUCCCAGAAGCAAGAAUUCUGGAAUGAAGGUGUUCUGGGUGUUGCUACUUUGGAAGAUGCUGAGGAUAGAGAAGAUGCAGAAAACUCCCAGGGCUCUGCGCUUGCUCAGCUGAUUUAGGAUUCCACUUCGUCAUUCAUUGAGGAGAAUGCUGCCCCAGGCCAAGCCCUCCCGCCUGGCUCCACCUCUCUCGGUUUCAAUAAAAGGCAGACACAGAGCAGCCAGAAGAGCAGAGAGGCUGAGACCAACCCAGCAGCUGCCAUCUCUCCCGCUGAAGCUCGCCUCCUCACCCUCAGACAUGAAGGUCUCCGCAGCGCUUCUGUGCCUGCUGCUCACAGCAGCCGCCUUCAGCACCCACGUGCUUGCUCAGCCAGAUGCAAUUAGCGCCCCAGUCACCUGCUGUUAUACACUCACCAAUAGGAAGAUCGCGACACAGAGGCUCAAGAGCUACAUCAGAAUCACUAGCAGCAAGUGUCCCAAAGAAGCUGUGAUCUUCAUGACCAAACUGUCCAAGGAGAUCUGUGCUGAUCCCAAGGAGAAGUGGGUCCAGACUGCCAUUGCCCACCUGGACAGAAUAACCAAAACUCUAAAGCCUUACACUCACUCCACAACCCAAGAAAAUGAAACUUAUUUAUUUUCCACUAGCUCUCCCUCUACUACUACUUUAUUGUAAUUUCAAAGAGUAUGAACUUUGUUUAUUAAUAUGGAAUAUGAUGCCUUAAUUAAUGCUAAUCUUAUUUAAGUUAUUGAUGUUUUAAGUUUAUCUUCCAUAAGUACCAGUGUUUUUUAGAUACAGAGAUUUGGGCGAAUUGUUUUUUCUCUGUGAACCCCAAUUCUACCCCUGGGAUGUUUUGUGGAGUCUUUGCAAGGAUCAUGAAUGCAAAGACUUUUUGUUUUUAGAUCCCAAGGUAUUGGCUAAAAUAUUAUUGUGAAAAUAAGUAUUAUGUGACUAUUGAACAAAAUAUAUAUUUUUGUACAAAA